AUGUAGAAAUUAUGCAUUUUAGCCUUUUUGCUUAUAUUUGGAUAAGUGGUGAAUUGUUAAAAAAAAUCUUCUGAAUCUGAAGGUUUUAGAGGUAUUUAAAAGAUCUAUCUAAGUAUUUCCAUAUAUUUUCAUCAUUUCUUUUGUCUUCACAGCGAUAAUCAUGAUUAUUUGUGUAAAAAAUGCAAGAAGAAGACAAUAAGAAAGGAUAGCAAGAUAAUAAUAAUUAAUAUUAAGGAUGGCAGAAGAAUAUCCUCCUUAAAAUUAUGUUUUUGUUCAUUAAGUUCCGACCAAUCAAGACCAGCAACCUCCUCAAUUCACAAAUAAUGAACCCUUUAAUCCCUAAUCUUAAAAUUGGAAUCCAUAAUAUUAACAUAAUCAACCUAUGUCUACACAAUAAUAAUAAAUUCCUCCAUAAAUUCCUCCAUAAAUUCCCCCAUAAUAUCCUCCAUAUGUAAAUCAAAAUUAUUAUUAACAACCAACCUAAAAUUAAUACUAUUAGAAUAUGUAAGGAUAAUAAGUAAAUGCAUACCCACAAUAAGGAAUUCCAAUAAAUUAAGGUUAUCCAAAAUGA